AUGGCCUUGCCUCAAUCGGCGUUCAAGGAUCGCGAGUUCCUUGCCGUCAUCGGUGAUGAGGACACCGUGACUGGUAUCCUCCUUGCAGGCGUCGGACAUGUCACGGCACCGCCAGACUCGCAGAAGAAUUAUCUUGUAGUGGACCAAAAGACAGAGGAUUCAACCAUCGAGUCCUCAUUCGAGCAAUUUACGAAAGAGAGGAAAGACAUUGCGAUCCUGCUGAUCAAUCAACACGUUGCGGACCGUAUUCGAGCCAAAGUGGACAACUACAAUGCAGCAUUCCCCGCCGUGCUUGAAAUCCCCAGCAAAGAUCAUCCAUACAAAGCUGAGAACGACAGCGUCAUGAAGCGGGUACAGAAGUUGUUCGGAGAAUAG